AGUUCCUGUCCUGUGGGUUUUCUCUUUGCAGCAUUUGGCUGAAACACGUUAAAAAGGCAGAAUUAUCUGGCUUACAAAUGAGGAUGAAACACACUUUAUAUUAUGUACUGGACAUACUGAUGUAAAAUGUUCAACAUUUACUUUAGUUUGGAUCAUCUUCGUCUGCUGUGGACAUGCUCAAGUUUCCAACAAGGUUUUUGUGACUCGACAGCCAAACUGGCCUCAGAUGUUCAGUGGUGAGUCGAUCACUCUGACAUGUGAGGUCCAGGGAGGAGAAACCACUGAGUGGACGUACGAAUGGAGGAGAGAUGGGUCGUUCAUACACAGGACACAGAAAAAAAACUUGACUUUCAGUGUUUCUGAGUCCAACGGAGGAGAUUACAGGUGUCUGGGUUUUCUCAAAGAUGACUGGUUUUCUUCGACAGAGUGGAGUGAACCCAUCUCACUGUCAGUGUUACGUAAACCAAAGGCCCAUCUGACUACGGGCAGCACAGAGCUGCCAGUAGGAGGCAACGUGAUACUAACCUGCUCACUAAACACAUCGUCAUCGUCAUCAUUUAGUUUGAAAUAUUUCUGGUACCGAGGAGAAAAAUCAUCAGAGCCUGUGAGCUCACAAGAUGCUGAUUUCCUUUCAAAUGGACAAAUGAGCGUCUCAGAGGAAGGACUGUACUGGUGCAGAGGAGGAAGAGGAGAACCAGUUUACUACACGGACUACAGUGAUCACGUCAAUAUCACUAAGAACUUAUCCGUUGAGUCCAGCGGUCCAGUCGGCUCUUUGUUGCUCGUGCUGCUGGUUGUUGCUCUCCUUGGUGGAAUCAGUCUAAUUACUCUGCUGCUCUUGUUUUGGUGCAGCAGACAGAUGAAAGAUUUUCGGCACGUGAGAUUAAAUCCAUCACAGAUCUCCAAUCAGAGCUUCACCGCUAAUCAUGGAGUCAACCACAGUGAGAUGUACACCUCCCACCCUGAGGUAAACAAUCCUUCCCUCAGUUUGUCACUCGGAUCCUCAGAGGUCAACAGGAACAAUAAAUCCGACACUGUUUACUCCCUGGCUGAAUUAAAAACCUCUGGGACAAAGAGGAGUCCUCCUGAUCCAGAAGAGGGCGCUCUUUGGUCACAUGUGAAAACACAAGCUAUAGGUGAAUCCAUAGACAAUGGGUACUCUCUGCUUGAAGUGAAAAACUUUGGAACAAAGAGACUUUCUGUUGGUCCAGAAGUGAACACUGUUUACGGCAAGGUGAAAAAAGGAGCUACAGAUAAAUCCAUAAACACUGUGUACUCCCAGAUUGAAGGGAAAAAUGUUGGGAUGAUGAGUAAGAUGAAAAGAUAUUCAAUUUACAGCAUCAGAGCAGUGAUCAGAACUGUUACUAAUGUUGUUGUUUUUUGUUUUUGUUUUUUUUCCACCUCAACAGAACUUCCUGUUGAUCCAGAAGAGGUCGCUGUUUAUGCUAAUGUGAAAAAAGGAGCUAUAGAUAAAUCUAUAGACACUGCGUACUCCCUGACUGAAAUGAAAAACUUUGGGACGAUGAAGGAUCCACAUGAUCCACAAGAGGGCGCUGUUGGCUCCGACAUGAAAACAGACUGUACCGCAGCAUCUACUGAGAUUAACCAUUUGAAAAAAGCCAAGAAAAAAACAAAAGGAAAACGGAGUCGUUCAGCAGAUGCAGCAGUUUAUGCUAACGAGUCAGGAACAGCUGUGGCUAGCGAUGGUCCCAUGUCCAGAAAAGCCAAAAAGCAUUAAAACCCUCAUUGUUUAGCUGUUAUCUAAAAUAAACAGCAUCUCAAAAAUGACUUAUACUCAACUCAAUAAUUAAAUGGAAAACCUUUUUGCUAUAAAAUUUUGGAGUUUUAUAGCAAUAAAACUCCCAAAUUUCUAUUCUGUAUACCAGGUUUUCUGGUAUUUUGAGAUUUGAACUUUGGUGAUGGAUUGAUGUCUUCAAGGUUGAAAGCCCUGCUUGAUGUUUUCCUAAUGUUGACUCACUCCAAAUAUUUGUCCUAAGUCUGACUGCAAACAUCAGAACUAGAAAACAACCAAUAAAGUAUUCUCUGAUUAAAAACUCUGGAAAAACUCUUACACGCGUUUAUCUUCAAUAGGUUAGAUUACUAUUAUUAUUUCAUCUGCACAGAUUUCAAAAUCAUGUCUUAAAAAAAAAGAAAACAAUUACACUGCUGCAGCUCAUAUCCAGAUUGCUGCUGGCAGAGUCCUGACUAUCUUCGAGGAAAACAGAUUUCAGUGAACCAGUUCUUAAAUCACUUCAUCAGAUCAAUGUCUGUCAAAGGAUUUAAUUCAAACUAUUGCUGAUUGUGUAAAAGGCACUGAGUGACCUUUGGCCUCCCCACAUUGGAGAUGAUGUUCAUCUGUGUACUCACAUAUCAUCUGGUUCUGCAGAUGGGCAAAAUCUACUGGUUCUUCUCAGCCAGGUCUAAAAAUGGGCCUCAAAUUUACAUUAAUAUUUUCUUUUAUGUGAUUUAUAAAAUAUAUGAUUUUUCAUUUAAAAGUUGUAUUGUAAUGCAUUUCUCUUUACCUCUGCUCCUUUAUUUUGCUGUCACAUUGAAUUACAUUGUGUAAGAAUGAUGCUAUCCAAAUGACCUUCCUAUUGAGUGAGACUGAAGGAUUUUAUACAAUUGAACAUGAGUUGAAAAAUGUAUCAGAAUUUACAAAAACCUAAAGUGGCCAAACUCUA